AUGCCUUGGAAGGGACUUACCAGCUCUAAAGCGGAAGAAGAUAAGGCCCUGCAGCUUUGUCGGGAGAGGAAAAAGUUUGUUAGGCAAGCCGUUGAUGGCUGGUACUCCCUUGUGUAUGCACAUGUCACAUAUGUGCAAUCAUUAAGGAACGUAGCAUCAGCUCUCAUCAAGUUCUUUGAAACAGAAGCUCCAAAGGACGUUUCCUUGUAUACCUCUACUAGUGCAACACCUGAGCCACUUGCAUACACUGAGAAGUCCAUUUUCCAAUUUUCAUUUUCACCUCCCUCAGGGUCACGCCGUUCCCAUGGCAAGGGAACUCUUUCCCCAUCCCUAUCGCCUGCUUCCUCUUCUGUGCAAGCCGGUUAUACGAAGUUUCAAGGUAGCUAUUCUACAAGAGUUGAAGAAACACUUGCUCCGCCUGCUACUCAGACGGUGACUUCAUCUUGUACUCCAGAAAAUGUUCCACAUUGUUCCUCAAAAAAACCAGAAACCUCGCCAUUGAAGAAUCCUGCGGUCCCUCCUGGAAGUCCGUUGUGGGAUUACUUUAGUCAGUCCCAUCCAAUCGACCAUCAGUUUUCAUUACUUGAAGGGAAGGGAGUGAGGCAAGGAUCUAAGAAUUCUGAUGAUGAAAAGGAAGUUUCUGAGCCAGAAAAUGAUGGGGAGAAGGCUUCUUUUUCCAGCGCUGAAGAAUCUCUGGAUUCUGAAGAUGAGUUCAGCGUGGCUUCCGCUGAUACUCCAGUUGGCAGAUCUGAGAAUUCUAACAGGGUGAAUGAUGAGGGUAAGCCUAGUUUAUCACUGACAAGAGCUUCGGGAAUGAAUUCCUCGAAAGUAGAAAAGGGCUACUCCCCUGAUUUAUCACCCUUGAGGAAGACAUCUCCUGUGGUUGAUCUGGAAGCUGACGCAGAGAAAAUAUCAUUCGAAGAAGAUUCUAGUGGAGCUAAGUCUCAUCCAAAGGACUUCAUUUCAAGCAUCAGAGACAUUGUACGUCUAUUCCUAAAAGCUUCGGAGUUCGGAAAAGAAGUUCCACGGAUGCUAGAAGCAAACAAACUGAACAUGCAACUAGUAUGCCCGAUGAAAGAGAAGAAAGGUGAGCCAAUUGUGCUAAAGUAUCUUCGAGCUUGUUUCUCUUGCGGGGAAGACUAUGAGCAAGUUCAAGAGUCUGCUCAAACUGCAGUAAAGUAUUUAACUUGGCACAGAACUGCUUCUCCUCAUUCCAUUUCUUCUUGGAAUCCUCUGAGGCUGAAUCCAAAGGAUGAAAUUGAGGAGCUCGGUGGCAAUCUCUCUGAUAACUUUUGCAUGAUUUCGGGCAGUCAUGCUUCUACGCUGGAUCGCUUAUAUGCAUGGGAGAGAAAGCUUUAUGAUGAAGUCAAGGCGAGUGGGAUAAUUAGAAGGAAGUAUGACUUGACAUGCCAACUUCUAACACAACUUGAAUCAAAGGAUGCACAAAGAGUUCGAAUUGAUAAGACCCGUGCGGAGAUCAAAGAUUUGCACUCAAGAAUCAGAGUUGCGAUUCAGAGGAUUGAUUCAAUUUCAAAGAGCAUUGAGGUACUAAGGGACAAAGAGCUGCAACCACAACUUGAAGAGUUGAUUGAAGGGUUAAGUAGGAUGUGGGAAUUGAUGUCCGAGUGCCACAGUCUUCAGUUUACCAUAAUCUCAGUGGCACACAACAACUGCAACGCCAAGAUUACCAUACAGCGGCAGAAGACAGUCUACCUUCAAAAUGAGCUGGGCUCUCUCUCUUCGAGUUUUAUGAAGUGGAUUGCUGCCCAGAAAUUCUAUCUGCAGGCAAUAAACAACUGGCUUGAUAAAUGCGUCUUGAUUCCUCAAAAGACUUCAAAAAGAAAGAGAAGGGUACAACCCCCAUCAAUAAGGAACUUUGGUCCCCCAAUAUAUGUAACAUGCGGUGUCUGGUUGGAGAUGCUCGAUUCCUUGCCUACCAAGGAAGUUACAGAUUCCAUCAGGGGUUUAGCAGCUGAGGUUUCUAGCUUUUUACCACGUGAAGAAAGAAGCCAGAAAAAGAUUGGAAAAUGGCCGCAUCCAUCAUCCUCAAAUGCUGACAAUGAGUGCGACCCGGCUUAUGAUAUAUUAUUGAGCAACGAAGCUCCGGAGGGACGCACUUCACACUUUCAUCAUAUCCAAUCAAGAUUGAUGGACGUUCUUUUUCAGUUAAAUAAUUAUGCAGAGUCGUCCGUGAAGAAGUACACAGAACUGGAGAAGGCCAUCCAGGAUGCAAAAAACCACUAUGAGCACUUGAAGUCCCAAUGACAGGUUCAGGUUCUUUGUAAAAAAAAAAAUAUAUAGGUUCAGAAAUUGUAAUUUUCCAUUCUGAAAAUAUUUCAGACAGUUUAGGAUGAUGAGUAGGGUUUUACAUUUACUAGAAGA